AUGAUGCUCGAAGGUGAAGAUUACAGAACCCCAGAAACUUCGAUGCUACGUUCAGUACUAACUGUACUACGUGAGCCACACCUUCGAACACCCUUCUUCAUCGGUUGUCUUAGUCUCCAGGUGGUUGUCGGCAUUUGGUCAAUCAUCUACUUGUCGACAGAUAUGUUGGAAUAUCGAUUUUCGGAAGAGAUAGCUCAAAUGGCUUCGUUAGUCUUCAUUAUAGCGAAUUUUGUGGCUGGAAUGGCUGGAAUGUUCAUCAUCGAAAGAUUUGGCCGACGUACUCUUGUGCUAUGGCUUGGCCUAUUCAACACCAUCUCACUAGCACUAUUUGUGGUCUUUGAUCAGUUGGCUAAUUUGUACGACCCCCUAAAAUGGGGUACCAUCGUCGCAUUAAUGCUGUUUGGCGUAACAUAUGGGUACGUUUCACUUGGCCAUGGAGCAUUCCCGUGA